CUUCUCCUAUGUGCGCGCUCCCUGUGACGUCACGAGCGCCAUAUUGGACGGCGGCCGGAGCUCCUCGUCCCCUAAGGUGUUUCCGUGUCGGUCGCUGGUCGGGCUGAGUAACGUCGCGGUGCCGGAGGGGCGGUUAUUGUGUCCCGGACCAGUGAAGAGAAGGCGGCUCGGUGGGAGCGGGGCCGGCUGUGAGCGCUGUGUGUCCAGGAGCCAGCCGGUGUGAGGAUCGGAUCCACUCUCAGCCACCAUGGAUGCCGACCGGCUGCAGGAAGCGCUGAAAGGUCAUUACCGCCGCCAGGCUCCGGGCUCAUACAGGGCGGGGGGAUAGACAGUGACACAGGGCGGGACACACCCCUACACUUACCGGGGUAACUGGGGUGAUGGGGUACAGGUGCCCACAAUGCCCUGCUUCUUAUCUAUUGACAUGUGCUUCCCACUGAUCCCCUCCACCUCUGGCAACUGCAUCCUGUACCCCUCCACCUCUGGCAACUGCAUCCUGUACCCCACCACCUCUGGCAACUGCAUCCUGUACCCCUCCACCUCUGGCAACUGCAUCCUGUACCCCUCCACCUCUGGCAACUGCAUCCUGUACCCCUCCACCUCUGGCAACUGCAUCCUGUACCCCACCACCUCUGGCAACUGCAUCCUGUACCCCACCACCUCUGGCAACUGCAUCCUGUACCCCACCACCUCUGGCAACUGCAUCCUGUACCCCACCACCUCUACCCUGCCCACUGUGCGUCACCCUUCCCCGGUUCCCUCCCCGCGCGCACUGUGCAUCACCCUUCCCCGGUUCCCUCCCCGCGCGCACUGUGCCUCACCUUUCCCCGGUUCCCUCCCCGCGCGCACUGUGCCUCACCUUUCCCCGGUUCCCUCCCCGCGCGCACUGUGCCUCACCCUUCCCCGGUUCCCUCCCCGCGCGCACUGUGCGUCACCCUUCCCCGAUUCCUUCCCCGCUCCUCUCCUGGCACAGCACAAAACACGUUUUUUCGCAUGGACAGCCACUAGAGGCACCUUUGCCAAAAAAUUUAGUAAAACUGGGCUAUUUGAGUCACGUAGUCCCAAAGAGACUGACUGGAACAGUGUUUUCCUAAAAUAAAGCAUUGGAUUAGAUAAUCAGGUUAAUCUUAGCAAAGGUCCAGCACCUAUAGCGUUAAAGGAACACUAUAGUCACCAGAACAAUUACAGCUUAUUGAAUUUGUUCUGGUGAGUAGAAUCAUUACCUUCAGGCUUUUUGCUGUAAACACUGACUUUUCAGAGAAAAUGCAGUGUUUACAUUACAGCCUAGUGAUAACUUCACUGGCCACUCCCCAGAUGGGUGUUAGAGAUCCUUCCUGGGUCAUGGCUGCCUAAAAUGCAUCCAAACAUUCAGUAUCUCCUCCCUCUGCAUGCAGACACUGAACUUUCCUCCUAGAGAUUCAUUGAUUCAAUUCAGCUCUAUGAGGAGAUGCUGAUUGGCCAGGGCUGUGUUUGAAUCAUGCUGGCUCUGUCCCUGAUCUGCCUUUUUGUCAGUCUCAGCCAAUCCUAUGGGGAAGCACUGUGAUUGGAUCAGGCUACCACUUCUGAUGUCAGCAGACUGCUUGUUUUUUUUUGAGGCAAACAGCAUGCAGAGCAACAGCUUCAGGCUUGAAUACAGUAAGAUUUUGCUAUAUUUAUGGAUGCAUGAGGGGCCCAGGGGGGCUAGAUGGUGAUUUUAACAUAAUAGGGUCAGGAAUACAUGUUUGUGUUCCUGACACUAUAGUGAUCCUUUAAGAGCACAUGUUUGGAUUCCAAACACUAUAGUGUUCUUUUAACACUUGAUCUUCUUUCAGAUUUGCAGUGAUAUACAUUUAAAGUAGCUGGCAUCCCACCACUGAAAACUCACUUAUGUGCUUUGGACAUGCUGAAACUUGUCCCUAUCACAUUAUAAAGUACAAUACUAUAGUUAUUGGCAUUUAUAUAGCACCAACGUAUUAUAUGUUGCGGAAUAUGUCUUGCGUUAUCUGUAUUGGAGUUAUAAGGAAGUUUACAAUUCGUUUGAGCUAUACUUAAAACCAUUUUUUUUAACCACUAAAACAUUUAAAGAUAGAUUGCUGUAUGUACCCUAGACUAUAUUAGUUCCCAUAGGUUCUAGAUGACAUGCAUGAUUAGUUUGGUAAAUUGAAUUUCUUUGCCAGGUGACAGUCUUAUCUACAGGAUAUACAAGGGUAGUUUCAUAGUAACCUUCUUUAAAGGGAUUCUAUAGUUCCAGGAAAACAAAGCAGUUUUCCUGGCUCUAUAUGGUUAUUAGGUGCCCCCCUCCUGCACCCCUUCAGCCACUUACCUGAAUCCAGCGCCGAUAUCCCUUGUCGCUCUGUCCGGCUUCGCCCACACUCUUCAGCAUCAGUGGCCGCGCGCUCAUUAUAUCUCCCCAUAGGAAAGCAUUACUCAAUGCUUUCCGAUGGGGAAAAUCUGACGCUGGAGGUCCGUGAGGACGUCCAGCAUCAGAUAACGGACCAAAAGUCCGUUUGGAUUCUUGAAGCCCUCUAGUGACUGUCUGUUAGAGAGCCACAGAGGGCAGACUUAGAGCUGCAAUGUAAACAUUAAGUCAAUAUAAAACAUAUUGACCAUUCCAUUGUCUGCGCAUAGAAUGGGUCCGGAUAGGAGGAUAGACUCUAUAGAAAGGUGAGUUGAAUGAAAAAUGUAUACUUGGCAAAACUUUGUCAAGAUUGAAAAGUGUUGGAAAUAAACAUAGGAUACUCCUCCCCCAUUUGAAAGGUUACUCUAAGCACGAUGACCACUUCAAUUAUUUGAAGUAGUCAUGGUGCGUGGAACCUAUAGGUCCAACUUUUCACUAUCUAAAGCUGCACAUAUAGUUUAGCAUCUCUGCUACCACCUCCGGCUGUGACAUUGGCCAGCCUGAACAAGAGUUCUAGGCUGACUAAUGUAUAUUUGGUACAAAUUUGUCAGUUAUGACACACACCCCUAUGCCCCACCCAAGGAAGAUUGAGUUGCAGGGAGAACUUGGCCUGGGCAAUGGAAUUGAGGCAACUGCUUUUUAUUUUAUUUUUUUAAAUUUUUUAAAGGGGAUUAUAGGAGGAGUUACUCUAAUCAAAUCCACUUCCUGUGUAGUUUUUAUACCUGACAUAGAGAAACAUUGCGACACAAUGCACAUGAACGUCAGUAGUCCUUGUCUGACAUUUUGUGUUUUAGAGCAGUAUUAUUCGAUGAGAAGCACUUGCUUCUGUUAUGAACUACAAUUCAAAGCCAAUGAGACAGGAAACCCUCCCGGCUGCUUGACAGUCAGGAAAUGUUACUAAAGGGUAUUUACAAAAGUGUCAACUCACUUGAAAUUGGCACAGGUAUACAAUAAGCAUGUAGUUUCAGUCAGCUAGGUGAAAUGAUUAAAGUGUUUGGCAUUUAGCUUUAAACAUUACAGGAACAGUAAAAGCAUCCAGACCACUUCAUCUAAAUGAAGUGGCCCGGGUGCAAUGCCCUAGCUGUUUUAAUGCAGAAUGUAAACCAUUGUUGUUUUAUAGAAACACCAUGUUUUCAUUGCAGGGUUAAACAUGCCUCUGACUUUUUUCUUAAUCAAAUACUUCUCUUUGAUUUGACAGUGAUUUGACACUGUACUUUGGAUCCCUUUAGUAAAGGCUGUAAAGUACCUUUGUGGUUGUGAUUGGGGACCAUUGUACAACAUAAUUUCCUAUUCCACUUCUUUGUCUCCCUGUCUUGGCUAUUGCUUCAGCUUUAAUUCUCAUGGCAAUCUUAUUUCUUCUUUUAAACCAGUAAUUAAGUGUUACACACUGGUAUUCAUAACAUCGGACCUCCAUGGUAGAGGUCCGCUAACCACCAAAAUGCAACGAAAAGUGAAGAGUCACGGGCUGCACAGCGUAGGAUGAAUACUCUGAUUUAUAAUGGGAUCAAGGACAAAACAGAGAUGACGUUUCUGCUGUGAGGCCUUAAUCCCAGGAAAGCAAGUUUUUCCUGGCACUAUAGUAACCCUUAAAAAUCUGUUUGAAAAAUAUCUGUCCACCUAUGUGAUUGACCUGGUUAGUAUUCAUAUAUCCACUGUUAAGGCUUUAAAUUUGUUGACUCUGUGACUGAUACAUAAUUUGACAUAGUGACUGUUCUUAAUAUAGGGAAUCUACGUUUCUGCAUCCUCAUGCUCACAGAUAAACAGUUAAAGAGAUAUAUAUUUUCCAGUUACUGAUACAAAUACACACACACACAAUGGUCCUUGCUGCCAGAUGAGCAAUGCCAAACACAUGUAUAGGUACAAAUACACCCUGCCAGAUGCACUCUAUCAGACACACACAGUGACAUAUGUCAGUGUGUGUCUAUGCGUCUGUAUGUGCAUGUAUAAGAGUAAGUAUACAUGUCUGUGUAUUUGUGUGUGUGUGUCCAAAGAGGAAUGACAACGUGAAAGCUAUGUUAUUGCUAAUGUGGAAAAAUAUACAAUAGGCAUUAGUAGAUAUAAUUUUAAGGGAAGCAGUUAUUUCUUUGAUUUAAAUUCCAGAGAAAUGAUAGGUCCCCUUAAAGAUAUACUAGACAUCAAAUCAACUUUAGUUUAAAGGGGGACUCCGGACACCAAAACAACUAGAUGCACUCUUAACCCUAUAGGGUCAGGAACAUAAACGUAUAUUCCUGACCCUACAGUGUUAAACCUACCAUUUAGGUGGCUUCCCCCUCUUAGCCCUCUUAUAAAAGUUUAAAACUCGCCUUAUUUCCAGCGCCGCACAGGUCUGCUGGCGCUGGCUCCGCCCCCUUUGUGACAUAAUCAAAAUGGCCGAUUUUAGCAAAUCCAAUGUUUUCCCAUAGGGAAAGCAUUGGAUUGGCUAAAAUCUGUGCGGGGCCAAAUGCCGUUUUGGCCAAUCAGGACCUCCUCAUAGAGUUGCAUUGAAUCACUGCAUUUCUAUGAGGAAAAUUCAGUGUCUCCAUGCAGAGCGUGGGGACGCUGAACGGCAGGGCUGCUUUUUCGGAAGCACUGACCCAGGAAGCACCUCCAGUGGUUACUUGGAGGUGUCCCCAGAGGCAAUGUAAACACUACCUUUUCUCUAUAAAAAGGCAGUGUUUGCAUGAAAAAAGCCUGAAGGGAACUAUUACACUCACCAGAACAACUACAUUAAGCUGUAGUUCUUCUGGUGACUAUAGUGUUCCUUUAAGGGGUUAAACAGUUCUUGAACGGCUUAACCCUAAAGUUGCCUCUAGCGCCGAUCUUAUCCAUCCCAGACAGUAUCCGGUUUCUGAAAUUUUAAUUUCAGAAAGUGCAUAGUGCUGCUGAUUGUCUGAGAGUGGUCAGCUGAUGCUCUCAGUCAAAUAGUGACUCCCCAUUCACAAAACUGGCUUGAAAAUAAACUUUUUCAAUCCAUUUUAGUGAAUGGGGAGUCAGUGAUUGUUGUUAUGGGGCCUAAACUGUCUCUUUAGUGAAGCAGUUUUAGUGUAUAGAUCAUUUCCUGCAGUCACUCAACUCUCUGACAUUUAGGAAUUGUUUCUUUCAGUGCAGCCCUAGCCACACUUCCCCAGUCUGUGACGGACACUAUUAAGGUUUAAUUUUCAAUCAGAGGUCAACUUGCUUUAUGAGUUUUUAUCUUCUGUUCUGUAAAUGUAACUUUAGUCACACACAGUAGGCCCUUCCAGGGUUUUAGAAGGUUCUUAACAGACUAUGCAAUAAAGUAAGUUUAAAGGAACACUAUAGUGUCAGGAACACAAACCUGUAUUUCUGACCCUAUAGUGUUAAAAUCACCAUUUUAGCACCCCUUACACCUCAAAAUAUAGUAAAAUCUUACCUUUAUUCCAGUCUGCUGCUGCUGACUCUGCCCCUGAUCUACAUCCUUGGCUGAUAUUAUCAGAAGUGAUGAUCUGGGCCAAUCAUAAUGCUUUGCAUUGGACUGGCUGAGAUUGCCAAGGAGGUGGAACAGGGGGCAGAGCCAAACGCCACCCUGGCCAAUCAGCAUCUUUUCCUAGAGAUGCAUUGAAUCAUUUUUUUUCUAUGUAGAAAGUUCAGUGUCUCCAUGCAGCGGGUGAAGACGCUGAAUGUCAGUGCUGCACGUUCAUUAAACUAAAGUUGUUUUUCUGUCUAUAAUGUAAAAAAAAUGUAAAAAUUUAAGUUUAUUGGGCUCUAAACAAGAAGCUGCUCAAACAUUGUUAGUAUCCUUUUUAAAACAUUUAGCAAGGUUGUGUUUUUCUUUUAGUUUAAUGUAUGGAGAAACUGAAUUGGAGCUUUUAGAUAAGAUUGAAGGUCUCUCUUCCUUUUGGCAGAGAUAAGUAACCUUGGCACUGCAUAUGUUUAUGAGCUGCAGACCUUUAGGCUGUCUGUGUGGAGUGGGAAAUAUACUUUACAAACCUCUGAGUUUCAAUGAUUAACCAUUGCUGCCAUAGUGCAUUCUGUAUUCUUAUUGGGGUCCAAGGAAUACAGCAUUUAAACUCUGCUAAUCCCUGAUGAUGUCAGUCCCAUAUAUUUUAUAGAACUCAGUUUCUUAAUGAUAGUUUCCAUUGAAGACUUGGUCGCAGGAAAUUCUCUCCAAAUGGAACCUUGUACACUACUUUUCCUUACCAGCUGCAAAAAUGUAACUCUUUUUCUUUUUUCUUUUCAGAGUUUGAAAAGCGUGGAAAGAAGGAAGCCUCUUCAGAACUCGAUCAGUUUUUAUGUCAUGUGGCGAAAACUGGAGAAACCAUGUAAGUCUGAUGCCUUACAAUCUCAUGCUAGUGGUUGCUUAAAGCUGUUUUCUGACUAUUUAAAGGGUUAAAGCAGGUACCAUCUUUUCCCUAACCAUAGCUUCCCUGACCAUUUUUAACCCCUAAUGUUAUUGUAAUGACAAGGGAUGACAAGCUCAUAGGUACAUGUAGCACAUAUGCUCCUCACAAUACUAAGGACUAAUAUCUGUUGGGAUUUAGGUUGAUGUGCUAUCCCGGCAUUGACAUAAUGUUUAUGGACAGUGAAAGCAUGGGACAGACUACUGCUGGUAAUCUGUGCUGUGUGUGUCAGCAAAUGUGUAGUUUGUAUAUGUAUGGAUCAUUGUGUGUGUAUUGGUGGAUGUGUGUGUCAAUAUGGAGUGUAUCAUAACCACAUACAGCAGGCAGACACCAAGCACAGUCAGCACUUUCUGCACACACGACAUACACUAAAAAAGGGGGAGACUAUGGGAGGGUAGAGGGUAAGACUCUCGGCUUGUCUUUUGAAUCCUUUCCAAACUUGAUAGUAAUUGAAGCCUCUCCACCUUCCAUUUGUUUUCAGUGGCAGUGGCAAGCAUAUAUUUGAGACCCCUUUCUAGCAAAGUAUUACUUGAAGCAAUCACAAUGCUUACAAUAUCGCUUUAUCUCAUUGAAAUGGUUGGAGUGUCUGGAUUUGAUGCUGCUGUCCUCCAAUUCUGUGUUAAACCAGGAAGUAGUUUUUCUGUGGCCUACAGUGCCCCCCUCCCUCGUGGAUGCAUAGCGUGAACAUGUCAAUUAUCAAUAAUUGCAGGGUUCGGGGGACUGUGACUGUGCACCCAGACCAUUUCAAUGAGCUGAAGUGGACUGGGUACCUCUAGUGUCCCUUUAAACGUAAGAAGGCAACUACUGAAGUCAUUCCACAGGUGAACACUUUUCAUGUGAAAUCCAUCCAUAUGUAUAAACAAAAAAGAGAGGAAUACCGCACACUUGUUACAAUCCUGGUGCAACCAGACCUAGGGUUGGCAACCCCUCCUUUGAUAUAUAUUAUCAACUCUUUAUGACUCUUAUUGUGACAUUCUAAACAGAGAUUACAAGGGUAAAAAAAUGAUUUUUGAUUAAAAACAUUAUUUAUUUUUUUAAUAAAACUUCUAACUAAAUUUUGUUUUAAGUUAUAUAUAUUUGGUUUCUCCCCAAUUAUAUUCUUAAGGCCAUUAUCCAUUUUUAAGACAUACCAAAACAUUUUUUUAAAUGUUGAAUUUGGUAUGACGGACUAUUAAAAUCUAAAGUAAUGGAGGUGCCUUUAUUAUUGUUUCCAUUGUCCUUUUGCAUUGGAUGUUUAUCAUUUUUUUUUUUUUUUUAUUCAAAAUUUAGUCCCUUUAAUGACUGGACUUACUUUAAUUGCUGGUCGAAAAUAUUCAAGUCAUAAUUUUUUCCAGAAAAUUCCUUGUUAUCACUAGUUCUUUAAAAUUCUCAUAAACGGUCCCUUAGGUACAUUUUUCAACCAGGGUCUAUAAUGGCAACUAGUAGUGUCAACAAAAUUGUUGACAUCCACUUAAAAAAAAAAAAAAAAAAAAUGUUUUUGGUGGAGGGUGGGGCCUGGCGGUCAUGAGCAUUCUGCAUAUCACUGUGGCUCCUGAAGAACCUAACAAUUUUCUGAUAAAUGCUUACCUUUCUCUGCCUGUAUUAUUCUGGAGGCUUAUGGCACAGGGUCCUGGAGUUUUCCGGUGUAGCUGGAGCCCCUGAUAUCGGGUGAUUCUGGGUCCCAGAGAGUGACUAGAGGAGGAUAUGGCCUGUGGGGAUUGAGGUGGACUGCCGCUGAUUUGCUAUCUGCACUGGCUGCUGCGAAUUGGCAACUUAUCUGGUUCCUUACUGGUCCCAUUCCGAACCCCCUCCUUUAGACCGGCGGGGGUUAUCAUGGUCUCCACUGAGGAGGCUACUGCCCUGCUGAUCUGGGGCAGAUGAGCUUACCCUUAUGGCCUACUCUUUAAGAUGGACACGAGACCAUGUGGCGGCGCUGGCACCUGAGCGCGAGAUCUACAAACCACUAAUGAUCGGCUGAUUAUUACAAGCUUCAGGACCCGGGGGCUCUCCCGACUGAGGACACUUCUACCCCAACUCUACCGGCGGGUGGAUGUCCAAUGUUCAGCAUCAACACACGACACAUCUCUGUGGAAGAGCCUAUCUGGGCUGAGCGCUAAUGGGGAAGAAAUACCCUCACUGCCCACACUCUUUGAUGGCUUAGCGGCGGAUUCGCCACCAACCUAAAGUGUUGCGGCACUCAAGGACGAAUGCCUUGGACCUACCCAAAAUCCGGGACUGUGGAGUAGGGGUGACAGCUCUGAUGCAGGCCUGGGGCUGGCGUGAUGUGAUAAUGGUGCUCUUCUGACCUACCAGCACUGACAAUUGGUCCCUGCUAAUACCAAGACAAGGCAUGAGCUGCACAACUCUAUGCCCAGACUUGGCCUAAUGUAUUGUAAUGCGAUCACAACUGUAGCAUAGUAGUGGGCCUAGGUGUGUAUUUGACUGUCUGUCCAGAGAUAUACUAUACUGCAUUUUCUAACUAAGUUGGCUGGCUUCCCAGGGGUAUACACUUCAGCCACAUUUACCAUGAUUGUUUAUAGCAUAACCACCAUCAAAGCUUCUCUGAUGAAAAUGUAAAAGUUAGUUAUUUUAUAUGCCUGCCUAGUUUUAAAUAAUGCUAUAGUUAGCCGCCUUUGAUACAAUUGAGGGGCACACCCACAAGCAUCCUUGAUUAACUCUAUACGGGGUGGUGGGCUACAACAACUUUACUUUAAUGUGGAAAUUGACAACCUAGUACAAGGCAUAUACACUCUCUUGCUUCCUAACUAUGCAGUGCAUUAGCUUAACUUGAUUCAUCUCACUCUUGUUUGUAUGCUGAGCACUGUGUUAAUUCUAUCAUUUUACACUCAUUAUCUUAUGCACACAGCCUGUUUCAUAUAUGCAAUACCCUUCUUCUCAAACUGAGCUGUGUCCAUGUUAUAUCAUCUUCAUGUUUUGCUUUUGUUUGCAACUGUAUACACCUGCUUUGCGUUGAUAUGUCUACUUCAUUGCAAUUUUUCUCAUGUAUACGGUCUUAUCUAUGUCAGCACUGAGCACAAAAAAAAAAAAAGUUUUAAUAGUAGUGUUCUCGACAUAGAUUUCCAAAUCUACAAAAAAUGUACCCUUAUUUUACUAUAUUCGCGAGUUAAAGGACCACUAUAGUGCCAGGAAAAUAAACUUGUUUUACUUGCACUAUAGUGUUAAUAGGUCCCCCCCCCACCCUCAGGGUCCCCCUCCCGCCGGGCUCUAAGGGGAGGAAGGGGUUAAACACUUACCUUUCUCCAGCGCUGGGGACUCUCCUCCCUCUUACGCUGCAUGCGCGGCAAGAGCCGCGCGCGCAUUCAAUUAGUCCAUAUGAAAGCAUUCUCAAUGCUUUCCUAUGGGCCCUGGCGUCUUCUCACUGUGAAAAUCACAGUCAGAAGCGCCUCUAGCGGCUAUCAAUGAGAAAGCCACUAAGGGCUGGAUUAACCCUAAUGUAAACAUAGCAGUUUCUCUGCUGUUUUCACCCAAAAGGAAAGAUUCCUCCUAUUGGGACAUGUAAGGUUGGCAUAACUAGACGCAAACCUGGUCCCUAUUGUAGUACCAACCAUCUGUAAAAAGUAGGAGCCCUCAAACAAAAAAUAAUUAUUAUUAAGAAUGAACUUUAUGCCCUCCAGAAUAAAACUAAUUUGGAACUCAGGGUAACUAUGUUGUCUAAGAAAAUGUUCCACCUCCUCAUAACCAAAAAGGUGUGAGAUGAUGGUAUACAAGCUCACCAUGUCACAAGUGACCAAAAAAAACAAUCAUCCCCCCCCAACGGACUUCCAUCAACCCUUCUUCUUUGGGUGGAGUCCAUUGGCUGUGAAACAACUACCGGUUGUAAUAAUUUUGCGUUGUCAUAUGUUUAAUUCAUUUUAUUUCACCUUUUGACACUGCUUACAUGUGUUCCUUUUAAUGUUCCAAUAAAUGGUUUUUAUAUCCACCUUGGACUCAUUGAUCUCUUCACAGUCUACCCUGAAGCCUGCAUAGGCACUCUGGAGCUUCUGCUAUAGACUGUAGACUGGUACUGUAACAUUAUUGGCUAAACAAUUUUGUGUGAGAAGAAAACCAAAAAAAAAAAAAAAACAACCAACCAAAAACCUUUGUUUACAAGCUAAAAACAAAUGUUACUGUUUUCUGAGUAAAGACUUUCUAAUAAAAAUGUUUUUUUCUUCUUCUGGGGGAAUCUCUUGCCUUGCAUUGUUAUAGACCAGCACGGUCCAAGUGCUAUUUCAGUAGAACAUUAGUAUGUAUCAUUUACUGUGAGUGAAUCUUUUGUUUGAAAUGUUCUAGAAAUGUUGCUGUGCUGGUUCUUGUCCGAAGAUCGCUUAGCAACAAUUUCUAUCCCCCAAAAAAGAACCUGACAGCAAGGGGGCAGAGCACACAACAGAUCUUUAUGUGCUGCUUGGUUUAUAUAUGUCCUUAAGUCUUCUUUCCAAGCAUGUAAAUAUUGAUGUUACUCCACUUACAUCACUGUUUAAAAAUGCUGCAUGGAAUGUCUGUGUAGACCUAUGGAUCUAGGGAGGCCAGUUCAGGCACUGUAUUUACAAGCAUGCAAAAUAGUCAUGAGUUAGGCAUCCAAUAUUUUACUUUUAUAUGUAAUAAAACCAAUUUGAUUUAGAGGAAAAAUAUUUUUCUCCUCUUCCUCCCUUGCUGUUUUCAGCUCUAUUCCUGUUACAGCUCAUGCUGGUCAUUCCAUCACAGACAAUUUAUAACUGCAGCAUGUGUGUGAGGCUCUGCCUGCAGGGACAGACUACCUUCGAACCACUUCAUUAAGCUGUAGUUGUCCUAGUGAUUAGUGCUCCUUUAAUAUUAUAUCAAAUUGUAUAAAUCAUUGCCUCUGUAAGUAGAACUCACAGAGCUGUCAUUCAAGCUAUGCUCCGUUUUGGCUGCCCAAUAUUGCAGGGCUGGACAAAUUUGCUUGUAAUCUAGGAGCCAGCUGAAAAAGUUAUUUUUUUUUUUUUUUUUUUAAACUUAAUUUCCAACAAGAAAAAAAUUAUUAAAGGGACACUACAAUCACCCAAACCACUACAGCUUAUAUGAAUAUUAUAGGGUCAGGAACACAAACAUGUAUUCCUGACCCUAUAGUAUUAAAACCACCAUCUGGACCCUCUAAAUAUAGCAAAAUCUUACCUUUAUUCCAGUCUGCUGCUGCGUCUGGCUCUGCCCCUGAUCUUCCUGUUUUGCUGACUCCAUCAGAAGUGAUUCCGAUUACAAUGCCUUCCCAUAAGCUUGGCUGAGCUUGUCAAGGGGGCAGAUCAAGGGCAGAGCCAGCACAAGCCAAACGCAGCCAUGGGCCAUCCGCAUCUCCUCAUAGAGAUACAUUGAAAGUUUAGUGUCUCCAUGCAGAGGGUGGAGACACUGAAUGUCAGUGCUGCACAGAAUUUUUUUUUUUUUUUUACUGCAAAAAGCCUGAAGGGCAUGAUACAGGGCUAAUACAAUAAACUGUAGUUGCUAUGAUGACUAUAGUGUCCCUUUAAUGUAGUGGUUCUGGUGUCUAUAUCCUGUCCCUGUAGGCUUUUUAAUGUAAAUACUUCCUUUUUCAGAGAGAAAUUGCGAUCUAGUAGCACCACUAGUGACAGUAGUUUAGGUGGUCACUAGAUGUGAUUCCUAGACCAGUGCUGCAUUGUGCAGCACAUUCAGCUGCAUGGAGACACUGAAAUCUCCAUAAAGAGAUGCAUUGAUUCCUAUGGGAUAUCUUCUUUUGACUGAGAUCAACAAAAUUGAUUAAGCCAUAUAGGCACAGCUAGCCACAGAGAAACAGGCAUGGCGUCGGAAAAAAGUGAGUAAACUCCUCUUUCCCAUGCUGGUCACCUAAACAGACAGACACACACAUUCACUGACAUAAACACUCUCUGAUACAGACACACUCGCACAUUUUCUUACACAUUUACAAAUUAUUGUUAUAUUUUUAUUUCAAUUUAAGUCCACCCAGCCUUCCCUAUCCCUGAGAGAGCUGGGGUGGAUCCCUUCCCUCGUGUCCAGUGGGGCUGUUGUAUUCUUCAUGCCCUUCUUGCUCUGCUCCCUUGACCACUCUUUAGUAACUUUUAUAUCCUGGCUCCCUACAUAACAGCAGGGCACGUGAGUGAGCAGAGCAAGAAGAGCAGGAAAUCUACAGCUGCCUGCAUUUACCCUCAGUGGCCUGCCUGCUUUCGCCAUAUAAGCUUUCAGUGUGAUUUUCACUGUUCUGUUUGUAAUGUGAGGCAGUACGAAAGGUGCUUGUAGCUAAUAUGAAAUAUGUUUAGCUGUAUAAGAUAUCUGCAGCAUUUAACAUGGCCUUAGUUGGCUGCCUCCAUGCUCCCUUGCCAUCCGCCUGCAUUCACCCACAGCGGGCCACCUCCUCUUAACGGGCUGACAAAUCCCAGGCGCCAGGACAAAAUUCCUAGUAGUCAUGGCGACCUGGUGUCUGAUUUGUCAAGCCUUGCAAUAUUGCCUGUGUCAGUGUGCUCUGAAAUAGAAUUUUUUUAAAUUUAUAUUUUCUCCAGUAACUAGUUUCCUUUCCACCUCCAGGAUGACGAUUCAGUACAGUGCGCCUCAUAUAGGCGCAUUGGGUUCAAAGGCACUCACCGUGAUCAAAUAAUCCAUUCUUGUCCUAUAGAAUCAUUGAAUGCAAUGAGUCUCUAUGGCAAGCUGUGACGAUGCCUGCCUAUGAGAGCUGGGAAAUACGUCCCAGCUUUCCUACUCAGAAGGCUUAGAGGCAUGCCUUGAAGCUGCGCUUCCAAGUAUUCCAAUUAGUAAAAUAAAUUAUUUUUUGGGGCACAUUUAAGGGAGAACUACUAGUGGCACUAUAACAAUUUCAGUAACAUGAAUUUGUUUGUGAGUACAGUGUUUCUUAAGCUGGACUAUUUGUAAACUGAUGGGAUUUUUGAUAUAGUUGCUUUAGCUUUACAAAGCUGAUCCCUGCAUCUUAAUUGAGGAGUGGAACUGCUUUUGGUGGCUAAACUACUUACCUUAUGAACCUCUUCUGGUGAGUGUAUGGGUUAAGAAAAGACGCAAGAUGAUAGAACGAGAUACUAUUGAUUAAAGUUUGUCUACCUAAUGAAAGAGUGCUCGCUGUGUAGCUUCCGGCAUAGUCACAAAAUAGUCCCUUAAAAGGUACUUCAAAGGUAAGUUUUUGUGUAUUUAUAUGCGUCAUCUAUGUCUGUGUUCUUAAAGGAAAACUAUAGUGCCAGGAAAACCGUUGUUUUUCUGGCACUAUAGCUCCCUACAGUGCCACCCUCCCUCUUUGUGAUGCAGAAGGGGUUAAAUACUCCUUCUGUUACUUACCUCAGCUAGCGCCGAAGUUGUUGGCUCAACUACAACUCCCUGAAAUAUGCUGUUCCCUCCGGUGCCAUGUACAGCUAAUUGGCAAAAAGGGCCAAUAGUAUAGACAAUGAUUUAGGACAAAACAUGUGAAAUGCAUAAAAGUAGUGUUGCUGCCUAGAGAGCUUGUGCCUUUUGAACUUAUUGAGCAUUCUUCUAUUGUUGACUCUCAUGUGUUUUUUUUUUUCUUCCCAGUGUCCAGUGGCCACUGUUUAAGGAGUACUUUAUGUUUAAGCUCGAAAAGGUGAUGGAUGAUUUCAGAUCUUCUGCUCCUGAACAGAGGGGACCUCCGAAUCCCAACGUGGAGUAUAUUCCGUUUGAUGAAAUGAAAGACCGAAUACUAAAGAUUGUCACUGGUUUUAAUGGGUAAGAUUCCAAUACUAGAUCUUUGGAUCCUUCUUUUCCUUGGAUGUUAUCUUUUAUUUUGACAUUUUAAUUCUUAAUCAGGCAGAGACCCUCAUCCAUGUUCACACAAAGGAAUUUAGGUAAAGUGACUGUCCCAGGGAGUCCCAGGUAUCAAUUGAUACUUGAUAGUCUCCUCUGUCAGUUGUGGCCACAAUUAGUGGUACCAGACUGACAGAUGAGCAGUGUGAAUCACCCACUGCUGGAGAGUUGUAUAUAAUGAAAACAAUUAUAAAUAGGAUGGCGCAAAGGGGGAAGAAAUAAAUCUACCAAAUGCAGCAACCAACAGAAACAAACCCUGGUAAAACGUUUUGGAAACAAUACAGUUUACAGUGGUGAUGGUGCGCAAUAGAAAAAACCUUUAUCAUUCACUGUGGACCUCUUAUAGAGAAACAACCUGCCUCCGUGUUGUUAAUUUAAGGUGCAUUUACAGUGUAUUGAUAUCAAUACUUAGUGCAAGAUAGUGGUUGUGAUUAACAAUCUGUCAAUAUACUUGCAAACAGUAAUCACUUGGACAUUUUGACAUCUGUAAGGGAGACAAAAGCAAGAGAGGGCUCCUAGUGCAGCACAAUAAGGCUUAAAUUCAUUUAUAUAUAUAUCUAUCUAUAUAUCAGAAUAACCCUCAAAGUAUCACACUAACAAAAGUUGAGUGGCUAUGGCACUCAGGGAGGAUCAGCCCCUAGAGAGCUUAGGAUCCGUGGGAAAAAAAACUUGCCAUCCGGAUGUCAGGUAAGUUUUUUCUUUAUUAGAACAGUUUAAAAACAAAGAAAAUUGUGUAAAAUUCUUGGUCUGCUCACCAGCCCCUGGAAACCGAAAGGAAAGUCCCAUACAAAUAUAGAAUGUGGAAGUCCUUCGGAUUUCUUAUCUUGGCUGUCACUGCCGACCAUCUGUAAAUCACUUCGUGGUUGCGGAUUCAUGACGCGUUUCGCCCCUCCCCAGGAAUUUAUCAAACGGCUAAUUAGUUUGACAAAGCCCUGGGGGAGGGACGAAACGCGUCGGCAAUGACAGCCAAGAUAUUAUUCAAUAAAAUCCUUGAAAAAGUUUUGUAUGCGAGAUUCAAAGAUUUCUUCAAGUCCAAUUCUUUGCUCGACGCGCUUGCCUGGUUUCUGUGAUAAUCACUCUGUGGAAACGGCUCUGACCAAAGUAUCAAACUAUCUACUCGCUGCAAAAUCUUGUGGUCACUAUUCUAUUCUAAAUCUCCUUGACCUUUCCGCUGCUUUUGACAUUGUUGAUCAGGAACAGCUUCUUCUCAUCCUCCUUAAUGUCAGUCUACGAGAUGCUACUCUCUCCUGGUGCUCCCCCUAACUCUCCCAGGGCUCUCUUAGUGUUUUGCUCUGGCUCUUCUCCUCUCUUUGGUCCCCUACUUUUCUCGAUCUAUGCUGCCUCCCUUGGUAAAAUCAGCUCCUUUGGCUUCCAAUAUCCUUUUAUGCGGAUGUCUCUGACUGCCUCUCUAUUUCUAAAUGGACGGCUGCCCACUUGCCUCAACUCAAAUGUUGCUACUCCAGUUAGUCUCCCUCCAUGUUAAUGGUGCAACCAUCAGCUCCACCAUGCUGGUUUGUUCCCUAGGUGUUCUUUGACUCUGACCUCUCCUUCACCACUCAUGUCUAGUCGAUCAGCAAAUUCUGCCGCAUCCAUCUUAAAAACAUGCGCCCGCACGCCCAUACUUAACGCCAGAUGCGGCUAUGGUGAUGGUCCAUUCCACUGUCCUCUCUAGCCUUGUUUAGUGCAAUCUUCUUCUCAGUGGUCUUACGUGCUUCGUUAUAGUCUAUAAUUAAUGCAGCGACGAGGCUCAUCUUCCUGUCCACCCACGCUUCCCCCCUCUCAGUCCCUGCAUUGGCUUCCCAUAAGAUUUAGGGCUCGGUUUAAGAUUCUGGUUCUUGCUUUUCAAUCUCUACAUAAUGCUGCUCCCACCUAUCUAUCCUCCCUAAUAUACAAGUGUGUCCCGUCUCGGCCCCUACGCUUUACCGAACUCCUAAGACUAUCCUCUCUGCGUACUUCCACCUCUGGUGCUCGCAUACAAGACUUCUCUAGGGUUGCACCAUUCCUGUGGUACUCCCUUCUCCGUUAGACGCUCACCCAGUCUCCACUCCCAAAAAUAAAAAACCUAGUGAAAACAGCAGCCUACUUUUUUACCCUUCCCUUACCGUUUGUGUCACUGUACCACACUCCCUCUAGCAUGUAAGCUCAUUUAGCAUGGCCCUCAACCCCUCUCUUCCUGUGCCUCCAACGCGUCUGGUUACAAAUACAUGUUUGUUGGUCCACCCAUUGUAAAGUGCUGUGGAAUUUGUUGGCGCUAUAUAAAUAUGUCUGUAUUAAUUUACCUGAAAGGAUUACCACUGGUAAUGUUGAACAUAGGACACAUUUUAAAAGGCCAUUUUGGCACCAUAAUAAGUUCUUCAGAACAAAGUUAUGGUACAAGGCAGUGCCGGACACUCUUACCUUUACGGGUUAAACCAUUGAGUGGUUUUACUCUAGAGUCUCCAAUUCCAUGCCCAACAGUGCUGCCGCUUCAAUCGGGCAGCUUCAGACUGAGCAGCGGGCUAUUUCAGAUGAUCAGUAGCCCCCGUUCAGAAGACUGUAUGUAUACUAUGCACAUAUUGAGUUUCUCACACAUUUUAUUUUGUUUCCUCUUCUGUGUGUCAGGGCAAAUACACUUUCAAGAGGGACAAGAAAAGUGGGCUACUACACGUGUCCUUCUGUCAAGUGCUUUGUUUUACAUUUACCACCUUUGACAGUGAGGCAGGAACCCUCCUUGCUCUUUGUUUGCUUAUUAAGGGGAUUUAUAAAGCAAGCCUGCAGGGGCACGCAGUUAACCAUUAAAGCACUUCCGCAAGCUUUAAAUGUCUGUGUGUUCUCUUUACUUUUGGGGGGAAAAAAUGUAAUACCCUGGUGGCUGUUUUCCUGUGCUGUGAGGAGCAUUCUAGGCUAGGCUUUUGUCCACAAAUCUGUGAAUUACUAUUGCUGGAAAAAGUGGCAUAUAAUUUUAAAGUUGCUUACUGAACGCAUUAGUGAUCUAUUGGUAUUGUGUAUAAUUGCAUGGCGCAGUUUAACCUUUUGAGCAUCUUUUUAUGAACAUUUGAAAGAACCAUUAAGGCAAUGCCACCUAGGAAUGGAACUGGGUUCAUUGCCGGUAUAUGCAGUUUCCUUGGGUAUAAUUAUUUUCUUUCUUUUAAACAUUUUCCAGUACUCCAUUUACUAUUCAACGACUUUGUGAGUUGGUUACAGAUCCACGAAGGAAUUACACAGGCACGGACAAGUUUCUAAGAGGAGUUGAGAAGGUAAUUUUGCCCUCCUUUAUGUAACUGUUUAGAUAAUUUAGAUGCAUGCGUGUUCUGUAUCUUAGUUGCAUAUUCUUACAGUUUUUGCAUGCUUUUCUCUACUUUUAAAUGUGAUCUCUACAAAUGUUUAGGCAAGAAUGCAAAUGUUUAGAAAAGUGAGCAAAUUUCAUGUUGUAACUACUGCCCUUACAUAUUUGUGAAUUUUCUCAAUCAAUUUAUUACAGUAAAUAAAGUAGUUUAUUAAUAAAUGAAUUGACUGGGUAUAUAUGAUUUUAUAAGAUUCCCGUCUUUACAUAAUGUAAAAAGAAGAAAAGUGUUUUUCCUCCAAUGUGUAUUCUGAUCAGUGAGUUUGAGUUUACAUGCAUUGUUUUUUUUUGUCUUUUUUGUUUAGAAUGUCAUGGUGGUCAGCUGUGUGUACCCUACUUCCGAGUAAGUAAACAAUGUCACUGUAACAGUUGGUGAGAUCAUAGGGCCAAGUAUCAUUUCAGGGUUUGCAACAUUUUGAUAACUAGUAUCAUCCUUUAUCUUUUACCAUAAUCUCUCAUAUAGAGGAUCACUCUAACAUUCUAAAUAUUACAUUUAGAUUAGAUAUAGAUUGGGGCCUAUGGUGCAUGCAUGGCAGUUGCCAUAUACCACCACCAGGUCCUACAGUCACAGUAUCAUAGGACUUGACAGUUAAACCCUGCUCUAGUUGCUGUUUGUUGAAAUAGGGCAAAAAAUCUAGUUUUAAAGAGUUUUCUAAUUGCGUCACAAAAAUGGGGGAAUCUUGAUUGCAAAGUGGUAAUCGGAUUUUUCCUUUGAUCAACAAGCUGUUGCCAUGCAUGUUGUUUAUUAUGUAAUUGAAAAUGCAAUUUUACAGAAAAAGUAUCCAGACCUUUAUAAAAGUCACCAAACUAUCUGUCUUCAAGUAAGAUGUUUUUUGUUUUUUUAAAUCAAUCUCCUCAGUCCUGUCGGUGAACAGAUUUCAAGAAUGUUGUUUGCAUUGGCCCUUUGUGUUUGUAAAGUGAUACUCUCUGAAAAGUUUUUUUUCUGCUAUAGUAGAAAUUUUUUUUUAACUUUUCAGUCUUUAUAACUAAAGACUUUAAUUCUUUUUAUAACUUUAAUGUCCUGACCCCUUGUCCAAGUUCUGUAGUAUCCUUCUUUAAAACUGGUGGGCAAACUUUUGAGUCUUCCCAAUGAUGUAUAAAAAUAUAAUAGUCUCAUGAAUUAAAUUCCCCUUUAUGCUUAAUAGUAGCUUGCUGUCUUUUGCAAAAUACUGCAUAUUGUUGCCUAUUAUGCUGCCUAUAAACAUCCCAAGUCCUUCAUAUACACCAUUCUCCCUUUAUCAGCCCUAUUUAGGGAAUGGAGCACUUGUGGGCUCCAUGCCCAAAUGCAUAAUAGAAACAUAGAAUGUGACGGCAGAUCAGAACCAUUUGGCCCAUCUAGUCGGCCCAAUUUUCUAAAUACUUAUUAGUCCCUGGCCUUAUCUUAAGUCUAGGAUAGCCUUAUGCCUAUCCCACGCAUGCUUAACCCCUUAAGGACACAUGACAUGUGUGAAAUGUCAUGAUUCCCUUUUAUUCCCGAAGUUUGGUCCUUAAGGGGUUAAACUCCUUUGCUGUGUUAACCUCUACCACUUCAGCUGGAAGGCUAUUCCAUGCAUCCACUACCCAAUCUUUUAUUUGCACAGAUUUUCAUCUGCCUCUUGCUUGCCCAGUUCCCUAACUUAUCCAAAUCCAUCAGUAUAAAAAUCUAAUGCUCAGCCUGCUUUGCCAUGUCUAGUUUUGUCAUCUCUAUACACAAACUUGACUUUUUUAGUUCCUGUUUAAAGUUGAUUAACAAGAUUAGAAUUUAGUGGACCGCACAGAGUUCCACCGUUCUCAACCACUUUUGUCCACCUUGAACAUUUUCUUUUAACUACUUUCUGCACUCAAAGUGAUCAAUCCAAGAAAACGCAGUUUCAUCUAAACCAGUUAUGUUCAAUUGUAGUAGUAAUUAUAAUAUUAUAAUAAUUUUUUUUUGUGAAACCACAUCUCAUUCUUUAGCAAAAUCCAUAUGGAUCACACAUAGAGUGCUCACUUUAAUGUCAUAUUUUUUUUAUUCAAUUUUCUGCUAGGAAAAACAAUUCAACUAGUCUGAAUCGAAUGAACGGUGUGAUGUUUCCAAGUAACUCCCAAAAUUACACCGACAGGUAGGUAACUUGUUAUAUAUAUAUUAUUUUUUGGGGCAAGGGUGUCAAAUCUAUGACCCUUCUGUUAGAAUGGCAAAAAGUGACUACUUAUGAUCACUUCCAAGUCACUUGAAAGCAUGGCUGCUUGAAUUUAAAAAUGUUUGUUUUGUUUUUUAAUUAUUUAUUUUGAGUCUAGUGUCCGAUAAUGCAUAACUGCCUAAAUAUAGCUUUUCUCCCUCAAGUGGAUUUUGAGCGCCAGGCACACUAUGGGAACUAAUAUUAGCAGAAGGUUUAACAAUUAAAAUGAGUAGUAUGAAAAGCGAAAAAAGAUAACAUUUACAGCAGUGUGUUUACAUUGCAGAGUGUUUUAGUUUCCUUUCCCUUGUUGGUGUCGAACCAUUUUUGAGCAUUUUGACAAAUUGAGUUUUCCAGGCCCAUUUAUUGCAACUUGUAUAUGCGUUAGUCUUAUUUUAUGUUACACAGCCAACCUUGGACAGCAAUGAUUAGCUGCAAGCACUGGGACAAUUUACUGAUUAAGCUAUUAGUUUGGAAGAAAACACAUGGGGUUGUGAAUAGUGUAAGAAAAGAGAAGGGAUUUUAUAAAAAUCAAUAAAACGUUGUGCAAGAAAAUUGCCAACGUAAAAAAUGUAAGCGACCUAAAGAUAAAAGGACUAACACUUUUUAAACUAUAGAUUGCAUAAUCGUAAGAUAUUAAAUCCACACUACGGAAAAAGUUCUAGAAAUACCCCAACGAAACAUAAAGACUCUGGAUCGUAUACAUCUAUGGGAAUCUAUUAAUAUAAACACUAUGUUAAGUCCUCAACCAGAAUUGCCCUUUGCAAAGAACAAUCAAAUCAUUUCUUCAAAGACCAGUGAUGAGAUAUUUAUCUGGCAAGCACCAUAGAUCGUUACAAUUACAGGGAAGUCUAAAUCUCAUGUUUCAUAGCAUAACUUGGGAGGCAUAUGGCUUGUUGUAGACACAAUAAAAACAAGGGUUUAUGGCAAACAGUGAAUUGCCCUUAUGUACUGUUUCUAGAAAAAGCAUUUUUUUAUGAAAAAAAAAUUACAUGCUGUUAUGGCAAGGGAAUAGUUUUGGAAGCUUAAAGGACCACUCUAGGCACCCAGACCACUUCAGCUUAAUGAAGUGGUCUGGGUGCCUGGUCCAGCUAGGGUUAACCCAUUUUUUCAUAAUUAUAGCAGUUUCAGAGAAACUGCUAUAAUUAUGAAUGGGUUAAGCCUUCCCCCUAAUCCUCUAGUGGCCGUCUCAUUGACAGCCACUAGAGGCGCUUGCGUGCUUCUCACUGUGAUUUUCACAGUGAGAGCACGCAAGCGUCCAUAGGAAAGCAUUGUAAAUGCUUUCCAAUGCGACGGGCUGAAUGCGCGCGCAGCUCUUGCCGCGCGUGCGCAUUCAGCCCAGGAGGAGGAAUGGAGGAGGAGAGAAGGAGGAGAGCUCUCCGCCCAGCGCUGGAAAAAGGUAAGUUUUUACCCCUUUCCCCUUCCAGAGCCGGGCGGGAGGGGGUCCCUGAGGGUGGGGGCACCCUCAGGGCACUAUAGUGCCAGGAAAACAAGUAUGUUUUCCUGGCACUAUAGUGGUCCUUUAAUGAAGUGCUGUAGGGGUUAAUAGAAUGUCCUCUCUUUCGUACUUUAUAAAAGUGGCAAUUUUUUUAGAGUAAUGUGGCACUCUUACAAAGGUCAUGGAGGCACUUACUCAAAGUGGACUAGAGGUCUCUCAUAGAAAAGCAUUGGAUUCACUGCUUCUCUGUGACCAAGAUUAACAUAGAAACAUAGAAUGUGACGGCAGAUAAGAACCAUUCGGCCCAUCUAGUCAAAUUUUUAAAAUACUUUCAUUAGUCCCUUCAUUAGAUUGCUGUACAUGUACCCUGCUUCAAAAUGUUUUUCGAUGGCAAGCAUUUAAUUGUCACUAGUGAUGAUCUCCCAGAGGUGGAGCAGAGUUGCAGCUAGGUACCCUAUCAAUACUGUGUUAUAGGUAAGCAACCUAUUUAUUUUAGGGGGCAAUGGCUCAUAAUACAAGUAGUCAAUGAAAAACUCCAGCAUUAUGAAUAAAAACAUUUAUUUACUAUUCAAGAAUAAGGCAGUGGUUCUGAACAUCUGUGGCUAAGGCACUCUUCAAUUAGAGAAAUUCCAAGGAACUCCUAGUAUUUGUUGCUUUUAAAAAAAUUUUUUAAAAAAAUUGUUCAUUUAAUUUUACUGGGGACUGAAAGAUGCAACGUGUACAGAGCAUGCAUAUGAUUGUAUUGACUUUAUUUUUUUAGAUUUAAUAGUCGAUCGCAAUUAUAAUUUUAAAACUUAAAAAUGCUUGAGGAAUAUAUUCAAUCUAAUUGAGACCUAAAGUCAGGCUUAUACAUACUAAAGGGUUACGCCUAGCAUCAAAUUCUCUACAGUUUAACAGUUUGCCUUCUUAUCUGGAUCCCUACUAUUUUGAAAGGCUACUCUCCUUGGUGAUGUGCUACUGCGAAAGUUGCAAUUUAUUGUCCGAGAGUGUCAGCUGACAGGUCUCAACCAAUUAGUGGCAUACUGUGCAAAAAGAGGUGCCCAGAAUUGACAUCAGUGUGCAUGGGAUUGUAGUUCUCAGCUGGCUAAUGACAUCCCUGUGAUGUUGCAGGCAGCCAGGUGGUUAAACUCUGUGUUUGCAGUGUUUUACAAUGAAACACCGUAGAGACUUCAGGCACCAUAACUACUUCAUUAACCAUGUAAUACUUCCUGAAGCUGACCUUGUCACUUAUGCAAAUGAAUAUGAUUUAUAAAGCACCAAGAUAUUCUGCAGCACUGUACAAUUGUGGAUAUUAGACCAUAUAAAGCCACUAAUAUAAAAGGAUUAGAGUACCUUGCCCAUGAAAUGUAACAUUUGCAGACCUUUUAUUCAAAGAUGCUAAGCUAGAUCGCUUAUGAAAUUACAGUCUAAAUGUUAUGAAGGGGACUUAAGACAAGAGGCUAGCAGGGGCAAAUUUAAGUUAAUGGCAAGGAAGUCUUUGAGAGCAUAUGCAGAAAUUGCUAAGAUGUGACAUGAUUGAGGAGGUGAUUGGUGAAGAUGCUAAUCAGAAUACAAUUGAAGAUCUGUCAGCCAGCUGUAGGUACACAUGUAACCCAUAUCUCAUAGGUCAGUGUGGCUAUUUUUGUAGUGUGCUCUUAAAAGACAUGCUCCUCUUAUGAAGGUAUUUUGAGUAAAUGAAAACUUGUUUGUUUAAGGUCAAAUGUUAACGGUCCAGGCACACCCAGGCCAGUGAGUCGACCAAAGCUUUCUCUGUCAACCCCUAUGACAACCAAUGGUUUGCCUGACAGCUCGGAGAACAAGGAGUCAGACUUGCAGCAAAAAGAGAAGGAUCACAGGUAUACAUGCCUUCACUAUAAAUGCAACUGUUAAUUUAGGGUGCAAAGGCCAAUUCGGUUCCUUCAGAAAUGCUUUCCAUUUUCAAAAGAAUUGCAACUUCUCACUCUUAAAGGAUCACUAUAUGGUCAGGAACACAAACAUGUAUUCCUGACCCUAUAGUGUUAAAACCACCAUCUAGCCCCCCUGGGCCCCUCAUGCCUCCCUAAAUGUAGUAAAAAUCUUACUGUAUUCAAGCCAGAAGCUGUAACUCUGCAUGCUGUUAGACUCAGAAAAACAGACAGUCUGCUGGCAUCAUCAGAAGUGGUAGCCUGAUCCAAUCACAGUGCUUCCCAAUAAGAUUGGCUGAGACUGACAAAGAGUCAGAUCAGGGGCAGAGCCAGCAUGAUUCAAACACAGCCCUGGCCAAUCAGCAUCUCAUCAUAGAGAUGAAUUGAAUCAAUGAAUCUCUAUGAGGAAAGUUCAGUGUCUGCAUGCAGAGGGAGGAGACACUGAAUGUUUGGAUGCAUUUUAGGCAGCCAUGACCCAGGAAGGAUCUCUAAGAGCUACCUGAGGAGUGGCCAGUGAAGUUAUCACUAAGCUGUAAUGUAAACACUGCAUUUUCUCUGAAAAGACAGUGUUUACAGCAAAGAGCCUGAAGGUCAUUCUACUCACCAGAACAAAUUCAAUAAGCUGUAGUUGUUCUGGUGACUGUAGUGUCCCUUUAAUAUUACUUUUGCCAAAUUCAAAGCACUGCUUGACGUUUUUGCAGAUAAGUUCAGCCUUUUUCACGUUUGUUUUUGCUGUUGGUCCAAAAGAAGGGAAAAGGCCCAGACUCAAGCUCUUUUUUAUUUUAUUUUUUAUAAAUAUAUGCAUCCUUUUCUUGAGGUCAUAGUAAACUGUAAACGAGUUGUGUUGGUGCCCUGAUUAUCCCUUUUAUUGUAUAUACAUAUUGUAACAGGCAAAUGGUUAACACAUUAAAUCGCAAGACUUAUUUUGUCAUUCUCCCUAAACAGCAAGAUAGCUGCAGUCUAGCCACUGUAGGAUACUGCACUGAGGGAUGCAGUGGUUAAGUUCAUCAUUUUGCAACAUGACCCAUUUCUUUGUUGCAGGUUUUUUGUUUGUUUUUCUCGUGUAGGCACAUUUUCCUCUAAUCAAGGCCUGUCUAGUCAUGGGACUAUUUGUGACAUCAAUCAGUUGUACAAUUCUGUUUUGUUUUACUUUUUAGUGAAUGUUUGCUGCCCGAAGAAGAUUCACCCACAUGUACUGUAAAGAAUAAGCAUUCGGAGGAAGAAGACCCAUGUGAACUAGAGGAGCACGAAGUUAAAAGACUAAAAUUUGACCCUGAAGAUGAGGAUGAAGAUGAGGAACAAAUUCCAUGUAGUCAGAGGAACCUACCUAGUGACAUUUCUGCAGACAUGACAGAAGAAGCAGAGUCUGUCUCUGCAACUGUAGAUAAACCAAAAGAAAGUUGUGACUCUGUGCAUACUGCAGAAGGUAUUGGUCAAACCACCUCAAACAGGAAUUCAGUAAACACUGUAGACCCUGGUCUUAGUGUUUCUUCAGUCAUUUACUGGUGUUUGCACAUGGCACUUUACAUGAAACUUCUCCAACUGUCAAUGAUUUGCUGAUGCAUUGGUUCUGUUCUAUUGGGCAAUAUCCAUAAAAUCUUGGCUCACCUGUGGUACGGUGCAUGGGAUCAAUAGAUUUUUAUUUGCUUAUUUUUCCCCAAUCUAUUGGAUUUCUUUGGUUUUCUAUCCAUUUACGGUCAUUUUAUUUAUCUAAAACACGGUGCUACUUAAAACUAGUAAAAGGCAAAUGUACCCUUCCUAGUUCAUAAAUUCGCUUCUAUAAACCAGAACUGAUGGAAAUGCUAUAAGUCUCUCGACAAGUAUGCAAAAUAUACAUUCACAGUUCAUGCUUAUUUAUGAAGCACAUACAAAUUAUAGUCCGUCCGUCCCUUUAGAGAUUGGCUUAAUAAAUAAUAUUUACUCCCCAGGAUUUUUAAUAUUAUGCUUACUUAUUCCCUGUAUUUAACAAAUAUAAAUCAGUGAGGCAUUAACAAAAAACAAAAAAAACCUGUGUCCGUCAUAUCAUAUUUUCCUACACUUUGCAGUCUAAACAACGGGUGGCUCUUAGUCACUCAUUUGGUAAUAUUCAAAAUACAUUUUUUUAAAUCACUGUUUAGUAGAUAUUCCCCCAUGAAAACAUGCAUGCAUUUAAUUACACAUUUUUUCAUUCCUGACCUCUAAAAAGAACUUGCAAAAGCAGCACAUCUUUUCGGUUGCCUUUCCAAGCCCUCCCCUUCUAACCCUGCCCAGACUUCUGCUAUAGGAAUCUUCAUUGAAACAUCCCCCAUCUGUAAAUAAAUGACUACUAAAUUCUAUUGUAACUGACAUAGUUAAGGUCUGUUUCUUGUUUAAUUAAUUUUUUUUUUAUCUUUACAGAAUUGUUGAUGACUGCUAGUGAGUCUUCUGAAGAAGAUGAAAAAGACACUACUGAACCCUUAACUGUGAGCAAAGAAGAAUCAGAUGAGAGCCAUCAUAUGGAGGAAACUGAGAACACUGAAGAGAAGGAUUUGCAGACACAAGAUCAGGAAAAAACAUCAACCAAUGCUGCUGGUGCUGAAAGCGCUGACCCAGAACCCAGUGGAACCCUUGAAGCAUCACCAGAAACCUCACUUGAUUCUAUGGAAAACAGCGAGGAGGCCACCGAAGUUGCCGACGAACCUAUGGAACAAGACUAACUUUUUGCGCCUAGAGACUCAGUAUUUUCCAAACAGUUCUGUUUUUACACUGUAUACAAGUUUUAUGUAUAAAAACAAAAAAAAAAAGUGGACCUUUAGUUUUACAAAAGGCAGGCUUAUAAACCACAAACUUUUUUCUGGAAUAGAAACUGAAUGAGCUUUAUUUACCCCAUUUCAGAACUGUGAAUCUCUAUUCCUUCAGGUUCUGCUUUACCGCUGAAUUAUUGGUUUUGGUCAAAUCAGUGGUUUGUGUAUAGACUUAUUUUUAUUAUUUAGAAAGAGUUUUUAAACUGGAAGGUUAUAAUUUCCAAAACCCUUUUGGAGGGUUCCACAUUUUUUGGGUUAAAAUUUAAAAUAUCUAUAUAUUAAAAAAACAAACAAAAAAAAACGAGUGGAUGUCUGGUCCCUUUUUUUCCUCUUAUUGUAAUUCAUUUAAUAGUUUGUUUAUGGCUUCAAUGUUUAAGCUCAAUUUUCUUCCUAAACUCUGACAACGAACUGUUUUGAAAUUUUGGGAAACAACUCUUCCCCUUCCUUUAUUUCCAUCAAUUUAUACAAUAGGGUAAGCCUAGAAAACAAUUGCUCUGUAGAAACAUAUUGCCUUGUUCUUCCUUCAUGAAUCAGCUACAAUAAAGCUUUUUUAAAAAUAUGUAUUUCUAAACUGCAAAAACAAAAAAACAUGAACACAUUCCAAGUGAUAGACAUUUUUUUUUUUUGGUGUGUAUAUGAUUUUCUUUUGAGGUGCCUGAAAAAUAUCAAUUUUCACUUUAUUCAAGAGGGAAUCCAAUUCAAACUGCAUUUCUCAUAUUCUUGCGGGCCUGUUGGCAAACACUUGCAAGCUACGUUACUUUCACUCAUUCGCAAAGUAUUGUGAGAACAAGACCUUUUUUCUCUUUUGUUUUAAAUGUAAAGUAUGCAAUUGGUGAUGCUCAACUGUAUCGAGCAUUUUCAUUUACUUAUGACCUUGGCCUGAAUGACUUUAGUUAUUGAGGUGCAAUUAUAUCAUCAUUUAUUUGUACAAAAUUCUUUUUUUUUUAGGUGAACUGCAUAUUUUUGGAAACACAACUUUGACAGCCAAUGACAGAACAUCUGACCAGCUCAAAGCACAACUAAUGGCUCUUAAAAAUUUUAUGACACCUAAUUUAAAGUUGAUCUAUCUAACCUUUGUCACGAUUACCGACUACAAAAUUUAUACUUGUUUCUUCAACUAUAGCUUUUUUGAUAUUUUGAAUUUUUAAAUUUCUGUAAAGUAGAUUUUGUAGAAUGUAACAAGUGUUCACUGCCUUUGUGAAACGUUAUAUAAUUGUAUAAUUUCUGUGUGUAAACUGAAUGCUUGAGCUUUCAAUACAGUAUUCAUAUGAAGCAAUAAAUAUUAAUGUUAUGAUGUCAUGGAGUACAUUUUUAUCGAAUAUAUGCACCUAAAAAUAAAAAGCUAAACAUGAGUACAUGAUGGGUCUGUACACUGUUUUAUAUUUAAAAAUGAUUGAGAUGAAUUGUGGAUAAAAGUUGGAUUUUUUUUUUUUUUUUUAAAUGUUAAAUGCUGUUGUGAAGUCCGUUGAUGCAAGAAAUAAAACUGCCAGGUUUAUGGUUUGUGAAGUUUUUUGAUCUGGAGUCCCUGUUUAUAAAUACCUGUGUUAUAUAUACACGUAUGUUAACAGGUUCAAUAUUUCUCCAUCUUAUGAGAUUUACUGCUUUGAAAGCUCUUUAACCCUUCCAGUUAGGAUGGCAAACACAUGAGUUUAUAACUGAACUAGCUAAGAAUUGCUUGGGAAUUUCCUUGC